AUGACUGACCUCAGUACUGCCACGGAGGCCUGUGUCCAGCCACGUCGCCGCCGCUCCUUUCGCCGUCUUCUCGGCCGCUUUCUCCGAGUUCUGGGCGUCCUCCCCCGUUCCAGAGUCUCCUCACCGGAGACCCAACCUGGCGUGGAUCAAAGCGGUACUGGCCGGGGCAACGGCCGUAGCGAAGGCUUUGGGGACUCUGCCUGGUCAGCCAAUGAGGUCUCCUGGGAGGCUGGGGACACGCGCCUUCCCCAACCCCCUCCUGGAGGCAAGGCGCGCCCCCCUGGCACUCAGGGUUUGAAGAACCACGGUAACACCUGCUUCAUGAAUGCGGUGGUGCAGUGUCUCAGUAACACCGACCUGCUGGCGGAGUUCUUAGCGCUAGGGCACUACCAGGCACGGCCUGGACGAGCAGAGGUCACGGAGCAGUUGGCGGGGCUGGUGCGGUCGCUCUGGACACUGGACUACUCCCCACACCUCUCGGUGGAAUUCAAGGUGGGCAGGACUGUACUGGGGCUGGGAGGAUGCGCUCCUCCUGGGGUGGUGCUCGCUGGAAUAAUCAGCCUCUUCGUCUGCGCCUUAGUCCACGCCUUAGUCCGCCCCUGUGUCAGCCCCUUCACCUGCACCUGGGCUCAGGUUCUGUGUUCAGAAUCCGUCAGCAAAUACAAAGGCCAGAGCCUUCCACAGACGUCUACUUUAUCAACUGAAUCUUUGCCUUCUGGAAGUGGGAGCAAAGUGCUAAUACUACUUUGUAACUUGGUGGGGUCAGGACACAAGGCUAAAAGAUUUGGUCCACCUUUACUAAUGAGGGAAGACAGAGCCAUAUCCUGGGACCAGCUCCAACAACAGGUCUUCAAUAAAGUUAAAUGUCUAAUGAAACAAGAGGUGUCUGUGCCGAGUUUGGGGUCAUUGUUUGCUGUCCGUGUUGUAGGAUUAUCCGUGUGCAGCUACUUGUCUUCACAGGACGGCAGACCCCUCUUUCAUUGGGCUGUUGAAAGGUCUUUGAAGCUCAGCAGGCCAGGAGGCCCCCCACAUAUCAAACUGGCAGUAGAAUGGGAUAAGACCACCAAAGAGCUCUUUUUUGGAAAUAUUCAGGAGGAAGUAGUACAAGAUGCUCCAAGUGUUCAACUUCAGCAGCAGGCCCAUCAGCAGCCCAGCUGUACCCUAAAUGAGUGUUUUCAACUAUAUACUAAGGAGGAACAGUUGGCUCCAGAUGAUGCAUGGAAAUGUCCCCAUUGUAAGAUCCUCCAACAAGGGAUGGUGAAACUGAGUUUGUGGACAUUGCCUGAUAUUCUCAUCAUUCACCUUAAAAGAUUCUGUCAAGUUGGGGAGAGAAGAAACAAGCUCUCCACUCUGGUGAAGUUUCCUCUUUUUGGCCUCAACAUGGCUCCCCAUGUAGCCAAGAGAAGUCUUGGUCAGGAACACCUGAUGAAUUCUUGGCCAUCUUGGGAACAGGCUUCUUGCCUAUCUAAUAGUUGCUCAUUUGACUUCUUGUAUGACUUGUACGCUGUCUGUAACCAUCAUGGUAGUAUGCAAGGUGGGCAUUAUACAGCCUAUUGCAGAAAUUCACUGGAUGGCCAAUGGUAUAGUUAUGAUGACAUCACAGUAGAGCCUGUUUUAGAAGAGGAGGUCAGCACCCGUGGAGCCUACAUUCUGUUUUAUCAGAAAAGAAACAUCAUUCCUGACUGGUCAGCCAGCAGCUCAAUGAGAGGUUCCAUGAGCUCUUCCAUGUCUGAUCACUGGCUUAUGAGGCUUAGGAGUAAUAAUAGCAGCCAAAGAAAAAGCCUUGUGUCUUGGAGUUCUGCAAACUUUGACUCCAUUUCGAAGAUACCUGAUUCUCCCGUCUUCCCCAAAGCCUCUACCAAAGAGGAAAAAGGGGAGUCUGAGUCAAAGCUUUUUGUGCGAAAUAAUCGAGGCAGAAGCUGCAGUAUGAAGGAGCCUGCUACUUCUAAAAGAAACCAACAUGGGGCUUUUAAGACCAUGCCCCUCAGGUGGUCUUUGGGAGUCAAAGGUAGAAGGAAGCAUGAGUCGGCUGAGUUGGUGGAAUAUUUAGAGUCUGGACGAAGACCCAAGUGCACUAAUCGCUCAAUCAUUCCAGUGAUGGUGACCGAUGCUGCUAAGGGGACAGAUGUUUCAGCAUCAAUGCAAUCAAAUUUAAGAGCUUCCACAAAUGAUGAAUGGGAUAGCAAGGGGACAGAUAGGAAGGUGCAGGGUACUAUGAUGAGCCCUUCUAGUAAUCUUAAAAAACAGUGCCUACCUACUAGCAAUACUGAUACUCUAAAAAGAACCAAGAAACUGAAAGAAAGCCCAAGUCAAGAGAUGAGGCUUCCCCAAAAACUUGAUGUUCCUCUGACUGUGGCAAAAUCAGCUGGGACUGAAGAGCCAACCUGGGCAAAGAGCAAUGGAAACAAACCAAACUGUAAUGGAAACAACCAUAUGAGUAAUGUCAGAAAUUUCUCUGGAGUGAAUAGAGAUGAUAAUGAAAGACACUCAGCCAAGUUUUGGACUAAAACACAGGAAAGAAAUCUUGAGUCAGAACACCUCCAACAAGGCAAGUUUACCUUUCUCAGAUCUGUUGUUUUGAAGAAAGAGCCCAAGAAGAAGGAUAAUAAUUCAGAGAUUUUUAUCAAUUCUUCUUUCACCUCCCCAUCAAGUAGCAAAUGGAGUAAUACAGAUAAAGAACAGGGGAAUAAGAUGUUGCCCUGCAGACAUAAAGAAAGUCUGUCGAAGGAUGAGAUGAGCCUCUUAGAAAAGGGUGUCAGCCAAGUCCAUAGCUCCUUCAGGCUCCACAAACAAGUCAGCUGGUUCCAAAGAGCUAGCAUCUCUCAUCCAUUGCAUAGGCAUGUGCCUAAAGGACAGACUUCCAAUGGCACCUUUCAAAGAGUGAAAUACCACACUAUUGCCUUAGGUCAGAAAAAAAUAGUCCCUGAAUCCAGUUUGUGA